GGUGGAGCGCGCCAGCAUAAAAAGCGUCUUUGAGGGCCGCGGGACACAAGAGCAAAGCCAAGAUGAAGACCACAUGCGUGUUGCUGCUGCUGCUCCUUUGCGUGAGUGGCGUCGCCCCACAGGACGACCUGGAGUACGACGAAUACGACUCGGACACAAAGAAGCCUUUGAAGACCAACGCCACGGACCCAGGUGGACCCGACGCCCGCGGCCACCGCCCACUCACCCACGGCCGGGACUCCUACAACCCCAACCGCUAUUCGCCACCCCCGAUUAGUGGUGGGAGCAGGUAUCGAGGACGCCCCACCACCACGUCCAGAGGAUCCAAAGUGGAAGAGGAGAAGAAGGUGCACCCCGAGUCAGGCGGCUGCUCGUAUGGCGGCGGAGAAUUGGGUGUUUUGUGUCCGACUGGCUGCGAGCUGAAAGUUGCGCUGCUCAAGCAGGAGAAGAGCGUCUCGACGAGCAUCAAGGCGCUGACACCUCUGGUGGACGACCUGUCGCGCUCGUCCAAUGUCGUCUACAACUUCGCCACCGAGAUGUCCUCCUCGCUCACCGAGCGCCAGCGAAUCAUCGGAGACAACGGGCGGGUGGUCAAUCAGUUCACGAGUCAGGUCGAGGAACAGCACGCCUUCAUCAAGGAGACGGUCGACUCCAUCUUCCCCUCCACCAUUCGAAUCCUGCAAGGCGUGGUGGAUAAGCUCCGUGAGAAGAUCGAGAAGCUGGAGAAGGUCAUCCAAACGCAGAGGGAGCAGUGCAAGGAGCCGUGCCAGACCAAAUGCCCCAUCCCCGUGGUGACUGGAAAGGAGUGUGAGGACAUCUUCCGCCGUGGCGGGAAAGAGUCGCAGAUGUACCUGAUCCAACCGGACCCCUUCGUUGCCCCAUACAGAGUCUUCUGUGAUCAAAGCUCCCAGAACGGAGGAUGGCUCCUCAUCCAGAACCGACUGGACGGCAGCGUGGACUUUGGCCGACGCUGGGACGAGUACCGCCGUGGUUUUGGGAACAUCGCGAUGGACGUGGGCAAGGGUCACUGCGAGACUCCAGGUGAAUACUGGCUGGGCAACGAACGCAUCAGUCAGCUGACCAAGAUGGGUCCGACGGAGCUUCUCAUCGAGAUGGAGGACUGGACGGGCGCUAAGGUCUCCGGCCUUUAUCGCCAGUUCACAAUGCAGUCCGAGUCGUCUAACUACAUGCUGGCAGUGAGCGAAUACUCGGGCAACGCUGGGAACUGUCUCCUGGACGGCGCUCUGGAGCUGUUUGGGGAAAACCGCACGAUGACCAUACACCAUGGCGCAAAGUUCAGCACUUACGACAGAGACAACGACAACUGGAACCCCGGCGACCCCUCAAAGCAGUGUGCCAGAGAGGACGGCGGCGGCUGGUGGUACAACCGCUGCCAUUCAGCCAAUCCCAACGGCCGAUACUAUAUUGGCGGAGCCUACACCAAGCAGAUGGCCAAACACGGCACAGACGACGGCAUCGUGUGGAUGAACUGGAAGGGAAGCUGGUACUCGCUCAAAGCCAUCAGCAUGAAGAUACGACCCGUCUUCGCCUCUUGAUAAACAACAACAAUAAUAGAGACUUUGUUAAUAAAUGUCACACUUACUUGAA